UCGAUGCUAACGUACGCUCGAGGCGUAGGAAUCACUGUGAGAUCGAACGACGUCCGUUCUUCAAAAUCACUCACUGCAAGUCUGCAACACAACCGAAACCCUAGCUCCAAAUCUGUAUAUUUCGUUUCGUGAUUUCUCAUUUUCUAGCGUUUUGUUUCGCAAUUCAGAGGGCCAAUAACAUCACCAAUGGGAAUCGGUGAGCUGAAGAUGGAAGAGAUGUCUUUGUCUGCUCUAUUCGAACAGGCUCGAAAAGUUCAUUCUAUGGCCACUGAAUCCACGGCUGAUCAGGAUACGGUUAAAAAAGGAUGCGAACUGUUGAGGAAAUGCGAGGAAAUGAUCAGUAAACUAGGGCUGUUUUCUGCUAAUGAGACAAAGGACGAGAUUAGCACUGUGAAUCUCAAAUUUCUUCUGGUGCCAUAUUACCUUGGUGAGUUGAUGGAAAAGAUUUCAGGAGGGGACAGACUGCAAAUUCUUAAAGCUUCACAGGCUAUGUUAAAGGAGUUUAUUGCAUUUUGUGAGGCAAUGGAGCUUGUUCCUGAAGAUGAACUGGAGACAUCCAUUCCAACUGGUCCCAAUGCUUUUGCAGAUCGUAGAGCAAAGAAGAUUGCACGUUUCAAGCGCCAAAAGGCAGCAGAGUCAAAAUUGCUUGAACUGAAAGAGCGGAAGGAGCGCCGUGGGCGAUCAACUAAAGCAUCUGCUUUGUCCACUCCUGUUGAGGUGGGUGAAGAAGAUGUACUGGACGAAGAUGGAGAAGAAGAAAGAGAGGUUUGGCUUACAACUAUCUCUUUGUCUCUUUGUAAGGCUAUUGAUCUACUAGAAAUGCUAAAAAAAGAAGAAGAAAUGCUCUCUGCUAUAAAGGAAAAGCAGCUACAGGAAGGAGAGACACUGAUUUCCCAGGCAAUUCUUGAUGAACGCACAAAGAAGGCAGAGGCUUGGCAUCGGGAUGCUGCUGCGCGAUCACAAUACAUUAAUGCAGCAACGCCUAUCACAUGUGCUACUUUUGCACAAGAUGUUAUAGAGGGGAGAGCAAAUGUGUCACAGGUGCAUGAGCAUAAACACCAGCCCUUAAUAUUUGGACCAGCUAGUCUUGUUGGCAGGAACCCUACUACUGAACGGGAAAGAAUGGCUGCACAAGUUUUCCAGCCACACUAUAGAAUGCCAACCAUGAGCAUAGAGGAAGCUGGGUUAAAAGAGAUGGAGAUAAUGAACAAAUGGCAAGAAAGGAAUGUAAAGCUGAUGGAAGAAGCAAAUUCAUCGUGGCACAAGGAAAACCGCAUGCCUAGGCCAGGUGAAGAUGAUGAAGAAGAUGAAGAUGCUGCUGAAGAGAGAGCAAGGGCGUGGGAUGAUUGGAAAGAUGACAACCCUCGUGGUGCCGGUAACAAAAAACUCACACCCUGUGGCUAAACACCCAAGCAGUGGUAGUUGCAAUCUUCCAAGAUGUCCUGGAAUUCAAUAAGUCUACAGAUUCCACCCCAAGCCUUCCAUGCACCGUUUAAGUGUCGCGUCAAUUUUGUCACUGAAUUUGGAAACUCAUUUCUUUCACUUCACUUCACUUCACAUGUAUUUUACUUUUCGAGUGGGUUAGGAGCUAGUCUUGUAUAGAAGUUAUAUUUAUAAUUCUAUAUUUGCAUAGCUUUUAGGGGACAGGAUCACAAUUUGACAGUUCAGGGUCGGUCUCUACAGUAUGCAGCCCUAUCCAAGAAUGCAUCUGAGAUUCUCUCCUCUCUGUACUCAGUUGCAUCAUGUAAAAUUGAAUUAUUCUCUUUUUUGUUUA